AUGCCACCUCCUUUUGAGAGGCUCCCUGCAGGUUAUAACUCUAAUGCCCGACGUGAGUUUCAUUCUAGCGGCAUAGGCCAUGAUAUGGAGAAUUGUUGGGCUCUUAAGUACAAAGUGCAAGAGUUGUUGGAUUCUAAGGCUAUUCAGCUCACCCCGGAAAAUGGACCUAAUGUUAUCCAAAACCCGAUGCUAGCUCGCGUCGGACCUACUGCUAAUGUUGUGGAAGAUGGCGAGAACUUGAACUUGAUAAUGGAUGUGAACCUAUUGUCUACUCCAUUGUCGUGUGUUAAAAGUUAUUUGAUCAGGAAUGGUGUUUUUCCUAGAUGUUUUCCAGAUUGUUGUGAGUGCCAGAAUCAGCCAGAGGGUUGUGUUAAUCUGAAGACUGGGAUUCAGAAUCUGAUUGAUGAAGGUUUUCUACAGUGUGAUAGAAUUGUGAAAGACGAGAAAGUUGAAGAGAAAUAUGUGACGGUAAUUUAUAUUUUGUAUACUCCUGCAAAUAUUCCAGCGCCUACUAGGCCUAUUCCCUUGAAAAUCAUGUUGUCUGGUCUUAUUCCUUACUCCAGCAAGAGUGUCGUACCUUCGCAUUAUGGGUCGGAUGUUUAUCAUCAUGGAGUGAACCAAGAAGGGAAGCUUUCUGAAGACAAACCAAGUGAAGAUGCAAGUUUGAAUGUUGACAAUUUUUCCGGUACAGGAAGAACUACCAGAUGUGGUAGGAUAUAUUCUCCACAAAAUGCUCAAAAUAAUGUUGAUGCCUUGGCGAAAUCUAAGGGUAAACAAGUGGUGGGUGAUAAUUCAGAAUUUGUGCCAGUUAAUGCUCUAAAUGUAAUGCCUGGAACUUCUUCGUCUCAAGAAAUUGAAGAGUUAUUGAGAUUAAUCAGGAAAAGUGACUACAAAGUGAUAGAUCAUCUGAGCCAGACACCGUCUAAGAUCUCAAUCUUGUCCCUUCUGUUGUGUUCAGAAGCUUACAAGAAUUCUUUGAUGAAGUUAUCCAAUUCCGUUUUUAUGCUGCAGAACAUCACUGUCAACCAACUAGAAGGGGUUGUGGUCAGUAUAUCAGUUGACAACGGUUUGGGUUUUACGGACUUUGAUCUCCUUCCUAAAGGACGCAAUCAUAAUAAAGCUCUGCACAUUUCUAUGGAAUGCAAAGGAACUACAUUAUCCCGUGUGUUGGUGGAUACCGGAUCAUCCUUGAAUGUGCUAUCUAAGUCUUCUCUAAUGAAGAUUGACUAUGCAGUAGUUGAAUUGCGCCCAAGUGACUUAAUAGUCAGGGCUUUAGAUGGAUCUCGAAGGGAUGUUUUUGGUGAAGUGGAUCUACCUGUUAAAAUUGGACCGCGGGUUUUUGGGAUGACAUUUUUCGCCAUGGAUAUACAGCCCGCGUAUUUUUGUUUGCUAGAAAGCCUGUAA